CCCCGUGCGCGCCCCGCGCCCCGGGCGCCCCCCGCAUCCCGCGCGCCCUGAGCGCGCCCCGCGCCCGCGCCCCGGUCCGCGGUGCGUCCUCGCGCCGUCAUGGUCCCGGCGCCCGCGGCGAACGCCCGCCGGGGGCCAUGAUCCGGCUGUGCGGCUGGUGCGCGCAGAGGCCCCGCGGCGCGGCGGUGCCCGCGGGGCCGGCGGGGCGGUGCUGGGCGUCGGGCGGGCCUGCCGGCCGCGCCCUGCGGGUGCUGGUGGACAUGGACGGCGUGCUGGCCGACUUCGAGGGCGGCUUCCUCAGGAAGUUUCGCGCGCGCUUCCCCGACCAGCCCUUCAUCGCGCUGGAGGACCGGCGCGGCUUCUGGGUGUCGGAGCAGUACGGCCGCCUGCAGCCCGGGCUGAGCGAGAAAGCCAUCAGCAUCUGGGAGUCGGAGAAUUUCUUCUUUGACCUCGAGCCUCUCCCAGGAGCCGUGGAGGCCGUGAAGCAGAUGGCCAGCCUGGAGAGCACCGACGUCUUCAUCUGCACCAGCCCCAUCAAGAUGUACAAGUACUGUCCCUUCGAGAAGUAUGCCUGGGUGGAGAAGCACUUCGGCCCUGACUUUCUGGAGCAGAUCGUGCUGACCAGAGACAAGACCGUGGUCUCCGCAGACCUCCUCAUAGACGACCGGGUGGACAUCACAGGGGCCGAGCCGAACCCCAGCUGGGAGCACGUCCUCUUCACGGCCUGUCACAACCGGCACACGCGGCUGCAGCCCCCCGGCCGUAGGCUGCGCUCGUGGGCGGACGACUGGAGGGCCAUCCUGGACAGCAAGCGGCCCCGCUGAGCGGCUCAGCCCGGCCAGGCCCGCCAGCAGCCCGGGGCCCUCGACGGGACGCCCUCAGGCCUCCGGUCGGGGAGGAGCCCGGGGCGUUUUCGGAGGGGGCAGUCCUCCCCUCCCUCAGGGAAGCCGCCUCCCCGCCGCCGCGCUCUGAACCGGCCCGGCUGCCUGGCUGGGUCUUCCCCGGGGACCCGCCCCGGAUCCAGCGAACACGGUGCGCGUCCGGCCCCGCCGGGCUCUGUGCCGGGGACCCCGCAGCCCGCCUCGGCGCGGCUGGAGGGCUCUGCCGCGG